AUGAUUUAUCUCAUUGCUUUUGGAUUUGGAGAUGGUGAGUCUGACAGAUCAUGGAUAUGGUUUUUGACGAAAUUGAGAAAGGCUAUCGGAGUGCGAGAAGAUUUAGUCAUUGUUUCUAAUCGUCACCAAAGCAUUGCGAAUGCGAUGAGUCGUGUCUUCCCUUUUGUCCCACAUGUCUUUUGUUUCUUCCACCUUAAGCAAAACUUGAAGAAACGUUAUAGACAACGAAAAGAUGUGAUGACUGCAUUCUACCUUGCAGCAUACAGCUACACCACAAUAGAGUGUGAUACAUACUUGGCAGAAAUACAAUCGAUGCAUCCUCAGACUCAUCUGACAUUGAUGGAAGCAAGACCGAAAAAGUGGUCACGAGCAUAUUGUCCAAGAAAAAGAUAUUCCAUGAUGACCACUAACAUUGUCGAUGAUAGGCGUGCUGCAGCUGCCAGACUCAAAACCAUUGUAACCUCCGCUGCAGUGGCACAUGUCAAUUUGGCGCAUGCCAAAACAUUAGACCGAGGAUGUCGUGUAGUUCCUGUAAUACAAGGGAACAAAUACCUCGUGCAACAUGCAAAGGAAGGCGAUGUGAUAGUUGACAUUGUUGCGAGUACAUGUAGUUGUCGCAAGUGGGACAUUGAUCAAAUGCCAUGUCUUCAUGCAAUUGCUGUUAGCAGUUUCAUGAGGGUGCACUACCAUAUGCUUUGCCAUUCAUAUUACACCGUAGAUUGGGUCAGACGUGCAUAUGCACCUCCCAUCAAUCCUCUCCCUAACAAGGCUGCUUGGAUUCUUCUAGCGUACGUCAGACAGAUGGUUAUACUCCCACCUGUGCAAAGAAGACAACCGGGUAGACCGAGAAAUGGUCGGAUUCCUUCCAUGGGGGAAGCUUGUCGAAGAAAAAAAUGUGGAAAAUGCGGUAAACUAGGACACAAUAGUCUUGGUUGCCCUAAUGAAUGGACUUCCUCCAUUGGAGAGUCGAGCACAACCACUACUCCAGAAUCCAGGGGCGCUGCUAGGGCCUCUGCAAGGGCAAGCCGGAAAUGCAACAUUUGUAAAAAGACUGGACACACUCGUCGUCGGUGCCCUAUACAGUUGUCAAUUCCAGGUGAUGAUAAUAUUAUCAAUGAAGAAAACAAUCAAUAG